AACUAACCCAACACACCAGUACCAGCAACCAGAAGCGCACACGGUAGACAAAAAGACAGUGCGCUCACUCACUCUUACACAGCAAGCGUACUCGGUGGUGCACAGGCAACACAGGCACAGGUAGGUGGUCUGGUGUUUGUAGGCCGUACGCAUAACGAAGAACAAAAACGUGUGAGCGAGAAGUUUUAAAAGAGAGAAGAGGAAGACAGACUUUAGUGUUAGUGUACUGAGCACGGAGCAAAGAGUGCCAGAGAGGGAGGUGUGUUGCAAGUAUACAAGGGGCCUCUCGUAUAUUUUAAAAUACGAGGCAUUCACCACCACAUAUAUAAUUUAUUUAUUAAUUAUUUAUUUACAUCAACAAAUGUCUGAUGGUGUGUGAUAAUAAAUUAACAACGCAAGUUUGUUAAUUACAAUAAUUACAAUCUGUACUCUCUCUCUUCAACCAUCUAAGAGACAUUUUAUUUAUUCCAUCCCCAGGAUCAUAAAACUUACAACAACUUUUAAAUCCUGCAAGGGCUCGCCCAAAAAGUCCGACAGGACUUUUAACAUGCAUUGAAAUGAUAAACAUUUGGAGUUCAGCAUCAACAGGAGGUACUGAGGGGUCAAGUCCUGCCUCAAGUCCAGCUUCAGCAGCUAGCCAAGCAAUGUCAGCACCUAAAUAUGGUACAUUGGUACCUAAUCGUAUAUUUGUUGGUGGUAUUUCUGCGAGUACCAGUGAGGCUGAAUUAGCACAAUUAUUUUCUGCUUACGGUAAUGUUAAGGCUACUAAAAUAAUAUCCGACAGAGCUGGUGUCUCUAAGGGUUAUGGGUUUGUUACAUUUGAAACCGAAGCUGAAGCCAAACGGCUUCAACAGGAGCCUGAGAGUAUUAUUUUGAGAGAGAGGAAACUAAAUAUUGCGCCUGCAAUUAAAAAACAGCCUUUUAAUCGUUCGUUCGAUGGUAGUUCAGGUUCACCUCCAGCUGUGCCUACAAGUCCUUACUAUUAUGCUAAUGGCAUGGGACUACCUUACCAAAAUGGUUUAACAUUUUAUAAUACUGGAGCACCAACUCCUGGUAAUCCAUUAGCACCACCAACUGAUCCAGCCGCUAUUUAUCAAGCUGCUAGUGUUUUUGGACCUCAAGCUGCAUCAACACAUCAAACGUUUGCUCCAAUGAUGUAUCCAUGUCCCGCACCUUCACUUUACAUGCCACAACAGUAUCAAUACUCUCCAAUGCCUUACGAGUCGUAUUACACGGGAGCAGCUGGUGCACCUCAGUAUGUGUAUGCAACGAGUAACACAACGAAUAAUGGUAAUCCAAAUGGCGGAGGCGGUGGAGUCGCUGGAGGAGGAGGUGGCGGAGGAGGUAGCAGUGGAAAUAACAGUAUAACUGGUGCAACAAGUCCACCAUCAAAUGGACCACAUGGACUACAAACGCUAACCGCUCCGCACUAUUAUACUACUGGUACUCAUCCAGCAGGAGUUCCAGCAGCAGUCCCGCCGCCUGUAUCCGGAUCACAAUCAUUGGAUCAUAUUUAUUAUAGUUUUACUACUGGUACACAACAACCUCAGCAUACACAUCAGCAGCAUCAAAGUAACACAUUGCAACACGGAUCUAUGAGUAUUGGUGACCAACAACCACUGCUUCUUUAUACGACCGAUGGAUCUUGCCAACAGUCCGCCAGUUCUGAUGCUCAAAAUCAACCCACAGAGGACACACGCUCAACAUUGAGCCACUCAGAUCAUCAGUCACAGCAUCGUCAGGCCCAAUCAACUGGCAACGAGUCAAACCACCUAUCACUUCCGCCAGCUCCAUUAAUACCCUUAAUGCCUCUAAAAUAUCCAUUAGCAAACCGGUAUCCUUACCACCCUCACUCCCAACACUCUUUAGCUCUCCAACCCCAAUCAUCAACUCAGUCUCUGUGUCCUGAAUCAACAGAGGAUCCAAUGCACUGUCGCAUUCUUUACCACCCAGUUUACAUUCCAAACCCCUACAACCCUACCUCUUUACUACCCACUCCUAUGAUACAAAACACGUCAUACGAUUCAUCAAAGCGUGACGUUCAUCUAAACAAAUCUCUUUCCUUCAAUCGUCCAUUACAUCAAAAUUUACAUAUUUUCCCUUCAAUGCAACACCAAAAUUACACCAACAAAUUCAAUAAAUUUCCUCCCUUGAAUCGGGUGAAUUCGCACAAAAGAAAUUACAAUUCUUAUUCCCGCACGACUAACCGGUCCUUUACUGCUACUUCACCAGCAACUUCUGGUAGAGUUAACGCGGGUACUACAGCAGUUGCGACGACAACCGCAACUUCAACGACAACGACGACUGCUAAAAGUCAUAUCGAUUCUCGUAAAAAAAUAAAUAAUUCGUAUGUUAAUAAAUCAAAUGAUAGUGAUUCGAAUGCUGUUGAAUCUAGUGACGUUAAAAUGACAACAACAACAACAACAACAACAACAACAACAACAACAACAACUACACUUACAACAUCAAUAACUACUACUACAACUGUGACUACAUCAACAGCAACUUCAUUAUCAUCUUCAUCAUCAUUAACUCCACCUCCAGCACCAUACUCACCAAUGACACAUCCAAUUCCAAAUUAUUCCCAUCAAAAUCUCCAGGUGUUCUACAGUCAGAGCCGUUAUUCAUCAAAUCAAUUGCAGUCACAGCCUCAGCAUCACUAUCAUCACCAUCAUCAUCAUCAGCAGCAGCAGCAGCAGCAGCAACAAAAUCAGCAGAAUCAGCAAAGAAGGUAUGGAAAUACACAAAACUCAAGUGGAUCAGUACGUAAUAAAUCUGAUAAAUACAACAAUUCAACUCAGUCAAGUGCUCAAAGUGUUAUUUUGCGUAAUAAUAAAUAUAAAAUGAAUGGUAUUAUGCAAAAUAAUAAUAGUUGUAGUGCUGGUGGUAAAUCAUCAUCUAAUAAUGCUGGUGAAGAUAAUUUAGGCGGAGCUGGUGAUGCACAACAGACAGUUAAUCGUAAUAAUUUGCCAUUAACACCACCAGGUACUCCUAGAAAUUUACAAGACUCAAGUCAAAUUAGUGAUACAUGCCAUCAAAUACAAGCACUUACACUUUAAAACCUCUGAUAAUGUUUAAAAUAAUUUAUUGAUAAAUAAUUAUUAAUUAUUAAUAUUUAUAUUUAUUAAUAAUACAUAAAAUAUUAAUGAUAAUUCGAAAAAAAAAGAAGAAAAAAAAAACAUUUUUUUAAAUUGAUAAAUCUUUAUUGUUGGUGCGUCAUACGUUGUUGUUUCUUGUUGUACAUUUUUUUAAGAUGAGGGUAUUAAUUAAUUAUUAAUUUAGGUUAUUGUUUUUGUUAUUUAAAUUUAAUGUUUAUUUAUAUCGUAAUAAUAUUUGACUAAUAUUAUUUAAUUUGUUAAGUUAUGUUAUGAUAUAAGUAUUUAUUUAGUUGUUUAUAGUUCGAAAUAUUAAUAACGUAUAUUGACGAAAUAAUACCCUCAGCUUAGAAAAUAAUGAAUCUUUAAAUCUUAAAUGAAUCGUUAUAUAUAAAUAUACACAUAGUAAUUAAAAAAAGACGUGUAUCGGCAUGUUAAAGAUGAUUAUUAGUUAAUAUUAAUGAUUUAAUAUAAAUAACAAUAAUUAUUAUAAUAUUAAUAACAAUGAUAAAUAUAAUAAUAAUAAUAAUAAUAAUAAUAAUAAUAAUAAUAAUAAUAAUAAUAUAGCUCUGAAUAUAAAAAAAUGCUAUAAUGAAUGAAAACAGUAUAAAAGGCACGCUUUAUCAAUGAUUAAUUAAUAAAUAAUUAAAAAUUAAUAAGUAUUAAUAAUAUUUGGAGGAAAAUUGUUUGCGGAAUUAUAAUAAUAUGACGACUAAUUUAUAAAUAAAUAAUUCCAUUAUUUAUUAAUUAAGCGAUUAUUGUAGGCUCGGCGACAAACGUUAAAAAAAUGUUUACUAAUAGUAGUAAAAAUAAAAAAUAAAAAUGCAAAGAAAUAUCCAAUCUCGCGAGCAAGGCUAGAUUAGUUUAGAGAU